AUGACUUCAGCUGGUUAUGACUCUAUCUGGAUAAUUGGGGAUCGAUUGACUAAGUCAGUGCACUUUCUAUCCGUGAAGACUACUUAUUCUAUGGCUAAGUAUGCAAGGGUGUAUCUGGAGAGAAUUGGUGUGAUGCGAUUGAGUAAGAAAGGCAAGUUGACCCAUCGUUAUAUGGGACCCCUUGAGAUUAUUGACAGAAUUGGAGAGGUAACAUAUAAGUUGGAUUUGCCACUAAAUUUCUCGCAUGUGCAUCCGGUAUUUCAUAUAUCCAUAUUGAGAAAGUAUAUUUCGGAUUCUUCGCACGUGUUGCAACCUCAGUAUGUGGAAGUGAGCGAAGACUUGACUUAUGAGGAGCAGCCAGUCAUGAUCAUGCAUAUUCAAGUUCGCCAACUUCACUCUAAGAUUAUACUGAUGGUUAAGGUGUUGUGGCAGAAUCAUUCUACCGAGGAACGUACUUGGGAGACCAAACAAGAGAUGAGAGAUUCCUACUCUCAUUUGUUUCAACCUUAA